UGUUUAAUACAAUUUAGUUAAUUUUUGCAACACACCUUUUGGGAACCGCUGUGCUAGUGAAUUUGUUUUUGUAUUCUACAUUUGUGCAAAUGGAAUUUUGUUCCUUAUUUGGGGAGCAUAUGUUUAAAAUAGGAUUGAUACUAUGAAUUGUUGACAUGAAAAUGUUCCAGAAUAAUAAAGUAACUUGUUUGUAUUAAAAGAUCGAUUUACUAAUAUUAUCAGGAUAUGUUAAUAAGAGGAUGUUCAAUACAUAAAUUGGUUCUCAAUAUCAAGUCAUGUACCUUCAUACAAAAUGCAUUUUGUGCUGUGAUUGGGCAUGGAAAGAGUUACGCAACGCUUCACCAACCUGUGAUGGUGAAAGAAGUUUUGAAUGCUUUAUAUCCUCAAAAUGGUGAUGUAAUUCUUGAUAUGACGUUUGGUGCUGGAGGACACACAAAAGCAAUUCUCGAGAAUUGCCCCGAUUGCAAAGUAAUUGCACUUGACAGAGAUCCAUAUGCAAAUAGUCUUGCUCAGCAAUUAAGAGAGGAAACCAGCGAAAGAGUAAUCCCAGUUCUUGGGAGAUUCAGUGAGUUGGAGAAGAUUUUUCAGCAUCUUAAAAUCGAAGAAAUCAAUGGAGCUAUUCUGGAUGCAGGUUGCUCAUCAAUGCAAUUCGAUACCGGUAGAAGAGGAUUUGCAAUAUCAAAGGAUGGACCUUUGGACAUGAGAAUGGAUGGUGACAGGUAUCCAGACAUGCCAAGUGCUGCUGAUGUUGUGAACAGAAUGAGUGCAAAGGAUUUAGCGGAGAUAUUAUAUAAGUAUGGUGAUGAAAGAUAUGCUCACAAAAUAGCAAGAAAGAUCAUUCAAUAUCGAAGUGAGGUUGGACCAAUUGGACGAACUCGGGAACUUGCCAACAUUGUUAAAAGUGCUUUCGAUGAAUGGCCGAAAUCAGGCCUCAGAAAAGAUGCUUUGAACAGGACAGCACAUAGUGCAACAAAAACAUUCAUGGCUAUAAGGAUAUUUGUGAAUAAUGAACUCAACGAACUGCAUGAAGGUCUGAAAACUGUUGAAAGGUACAUGAAAAAGGGUGGACGACUGACUGCCAUCACCUUUCACUCUUUGGAGGAUGUGAUUGUCAAAAGGGUGAUAUCAGGGAGGGAUAUUCAUAAACCGAGAGGAAUGUCAUUAUCUCAGCAGCGCAGGAUAGAAUCUGCAAGUGAAAUAAAACCAGAGAGAAAAUGGAUGACUUUGAAUAAGAAGAUUGUUAUACCACAAUUCGAUGAAGUGGAUGACAAUGCAAGAUCUCGUUCCGCCAAACUUCGGUCAGCGACGAGGAUAACUUGAAGAUUCAUAGCAUUGCUGAUUUAACAGGUAGUGUUAAAAGGUAACAGAAUAAAGGCUCCUUCUUCAUCAGAAGUGACAACUCUUCUCUAAAGCAGUUGACAAAACCAGGGGCACAGCUUAGAUUUUCAAAAGGGGGCUUCAAAAUCAUAAUAUGCAACGGCUUCUGAAACAGUUCCCGCAAUUGUGUUUUUUUGAUUUUUCAACCUAUUAUGAUUUUUCUGCCCGCAAUUGUGUUUUUUUGAAUUUUUAUGAUUUUUCUGCCCGUAAAAGAUUCAAUCAAAGACUCCUAUGAGAAUUUAAUGUGUCGGUAUUAAUUCGACUGUGUUUAAUGUAACUGGCGGUUGCGUCUACUUGUGACCAAAUAAUAUCAUUACUACAAAAAUACCAUAGGGAUCUCCAGGCCAAAAAAAUUUUUGAGAUAAACUGCAGGAUCAUUUUCAAUCUAGUUAAGUAAUUUCGCGAUCUUGCGAAUUCGUCAUCGCCCUUAGAUCUGCGCCAUCCCAAGAUCUGCUACAAAAGACGAGAAAGUAUAAAUUAAUUUAGUACAAUAAAAUUCGUAUUUGUAUACAAAACCUACAUAUUCACCGCUUGGAAAUUCCUGUGGAACGGUUUAUGAAACAGUUGCCACAAGCCGAGUUCUUCAACGGAUAAUGACUUUUCUCUUGCGCAAACAAUCAAUUCGUAACCUGGUAUAUAUAUAUAUAAUAUGUCCUGCUUUAAUAGUUAGCGAAUUCGACUGAUGGGCUGUUCUUGCAACACUGCCGCUCGUAUUUGCCCUAAGUCUGCGAUAAAAUCCCACGGAUGAUAGAAUAUACUUUAAUCAAUUUAUUUUUGCUUCUCUGUCGAGAACGUGAAGACACAUAAAAAUUUCGAACAGGUCAACAAGGUGCAGAGAAAACAAGUAAGUUGAGCAUAGCCUAAAAUAAGGUUGAAAGCAUACAUGGAUAUGCGCUCAUACACCUGAUAGAAAAAACUCUUCAAGGAGUGAAACAUAUAAGCGGGAAUGCUAUUCUUAAUCAACAUGCGAGCGCGGUCCUUGCGAAUACGUACAAUGCAAAUUGUAGGUCGCGAGUACAGCCAUCAAAACGAACCAAGUGAUAGAAAAAAAACGCCUAAAAGUAGUGAAACAUAUAGACACGAAUUCUGAUCAUAGCCAACAUGCUGUUUUGACUGUAAAUAGGUACAGUGCAAAAGGAAGCCUACCUGUCGAAUAGACCAUUUCCAUCAAAACAAAGUGAUCUACAUACACUUCAUAAUUUUGACCGGUGACAAUUCCAGACACAAAAUGGAAGUGUAGCGAAUGUG